AUGCAACAAUGAAUCGUAGUAUUCACGUCUUCCUGGUGGUGUCGCUGAUUGCGGGGACAUUUUCUUCUCACAUCCACGAAGACGUUCAGAAGGACGUCGACGCGGACGCGACCUUCGGUGAUUCUGAGGUCCUGCAGGAGGAACUCCAGCGACUGAGGAAGGAAAUCCAACAGCUGCAAGAGGAAAACCAGGACCUCCUGAGUUCCAACUCAGAAGUCAAUAGGAUCCUCGCUGUUGAUGAAAUGAGAACGAGAAAUGGAAGCUCUUCAAGACCUACUGACUGCACAGACCUUCUGAUAGCUGGCGUAACAGAGAGCGGUAUUUAUCAGAUCUAUCCGUUCGUAUGCUCCUGCUCAUCACCCAUCUACGUCUAUUGUGACAUGGAGACAGACGGAGGCGGAUGGACAGUCAUUUUGAACAGACAGCCACAAGCCUUCGGUGUAAACUCCCGCCAACUGAAUUUUAAUCGAUCUUGGGAAGAAUACAAACACGGCUUUGGUUCCGUAAGCGAAGAAUAUUAUCUAGGGAAUGAAUUUAUUCACCGUCUGACGAACAGUAGGGCUUACGCUUUUCGAAUGGACAUGUUUGUUACUAAUGGUGAAUUCAAAACCCUCUUGUAUGAUGACUUCAGAGUAGAAAACGAGGAAUCAAGGUACAAGCUUAUACUAGGCAACAAGCUGGCUGAAAGCUCAACGAAUUAUGAUUGUUACUACUACAGCAAGAAUAAGUAUUUCUCCACUUAUGACAGGGACCAUGAUCACUCCAGUCUGAACUGCGCCUCAGAACGUGGGGGAGGAUACUGGUAUCACGACUGCCGGCUUAAUUACCCUCCUACAGGGCCAUACGAAGAACACAUGAACAACACGUGUUACUACACCACUGAGAGUUAUAGGUUGUCGAACCUCCAAAUUAAGAUUCGGCCCUCGCUCUGUGACACCACCUACAAGAAGAUCAUUGUGGCUAACUCCUGCGCCCGUGGCAACGGCAGUGGCAGUGGCUGCAACUCUUCAUCAGCUCAUCUUCCUAUUCACGUUGCUUCAAGAAAAUAAAUGGAACUUGUAUGCAUGACCACUUAGGGUCAAGUAAGCUAAACCAAUAAUGCCAUACUUGUUCAUUACACUUCUGUUAAUUAUGAUUGGCAACAGUAUUAUGUCUUAGUAUAUCAUAGAAUUGUGAAUUGAAAAGCCAAAUAUUUCGAUGGUCUGAAAUUAUAGAUCAAAUAUAAUUUGCCGUAGAACUGGUGAUAUUUUCAAAACAAAAUCAAUAUCUCAAGUCACUCUCUACUAAUCAACAUUAAUGUCAUUUAUGUACUAUAAGGCAAAUAAAUGAGCUUGUGAGAUUUUGAAAUUUAUCUAUUUACAAUAAAAGAAUAAAAAACUGAAUAGCA